UUUCAAUUAAUAUAUUUUUUUUUUACCAUGUGGUAAUGAUAUUGCAUCGACAUAGCGACCUAAUUUCGCUAGCUCUAAUACGUAUUCUCGUAACAUACUAAUCUCUCGGCGUCAAAGGAUAGUUUCACGAGUGCUUACUCAAAUGCACCAAGAUAUGACCAGUGGAAAUUAAACAAACGACUGAUAAGUCCACACCCCGGAAUUUAAUUUCACUGAAGGAUUAGUCGGGGUUUAUUCCCGGAUGUACUACGUUCGAGUUCAACCUUGCGUGGCAAGGCGUUUUAUGAUGUAGAAAAACAUUUAUAAAAACUCUCGGACAAAAGGUCUCGCUCGACGUUGUACCCGACAGGCGGCACCGGUUUAUAUUUAUAAUCGUUAAUGCCCGUAGAGAAAGUCUCGGCAUGAGAAAUCCUUUUGAAUGUAUACUCUGAUACUGAAGGUGUAGGUACUCCAUUGGAAAGAUGAUAAUUAAUGCAGGAGAGCUAUCGAUUUUUCUGAGAGAAUUCUGGAUUUAAUGAAUAGCUACAGGUGUGCAUGUAUCCGCUGGGAAUUGACGUUUAAGGAAGAACAACCAAGACCUGAUGGCGGUGUUCGGCCGGCGUCUGGCCUUGUUUCUCGGCGGCCUUAUAACCGCAUUGGUGAUGAUAAAUCAGUUCAUCAGUACUCCAGUGUCAGAAAUGUCACGAUUACAGAAUUUAAUGAACGAAAGACAAGUGUAUAAUGAGGAUGCUACAAACAGUAGAAACUUGAAUAUCAAAACAAUUGGAGAGAUCCAACCCUCUACUGUUGCGAGUACAUUAACUACAAGGCCUGUGAAAAGGACUAGUUAUCCAUUAACUCUCAUGUCUUCAUAUCUCAUCAACAAUCCUUCCAUCUGUAAAUCCGACUCCAAACUUAAUUUCUUGUUCAUCGUUCAUACUUCGACGGAUCAUUUCAAGAGAAGGCGGGCUAUACGUGAAACCUGGGGCAAUACUAACAUUUUUCGCAAUAUAAGUUUCCGAGUUGCUUUCUUCUUUGGACUGACUAGUGACAAGAAAAUCCAAAUAAUGCUCGAAAACGAAAGCACUGUGUAUGGGGAUAUCAUACAAGGCCAAUUUAUAGAUUCUUAUCGCAAUCUUACCCAUAAAGGAGUUCUAACAUAUCGUUGGAUAAGUGAAUUUUGCUCUAAUGUUGAGAUGGUUGUGAAAGUUGAUGAUGACAUGUUUGUGAAUGUGUUCAACUUAUUGGAAUACUACCUUCCGCUGUACCAGAAAGCAUCGCGAAAAAUCAUGUGUCAUUUAAGACCUAAGGGUACAAGCCCUAUAAUGAGAGAAAAGAGCAAGUGGAAGGUUCAUGCAAAUCAGUUUAAGAACAUGACGCAUUAUCCAGUGCCGUACUGCAAUGGGUAUUUUGUACUGAUAUCUGCUGACAUUAUUCGCCCAAUGUACAAAGCUUCGUAUCUUACACCAUUUUUCUGGGUGGAUGAUGUUUACUUGUAUGGAUUGCUUCCGGCAAAGAUUGGGAAGGUCGAAUUCACAUCAAUAACAGCCAAUUUGACCUUGCAUCAAGAGACCGGCAUGAAAUGUUACACGGGGAAUACAACGUGCAAAUAUCUGGCUUCCUACGCCGAAAAACAGGGCUACAUGGAGUCAAUGUGGUUUGCAGCCUUGAAAAUGUAUCGCACAAUUGCUAAAAAGUUUGUUUCUCAGGAACUUCUAUGAAUUCCAGUGUCUCACGAGAGAGAGAGAGAGAGAGAAAGAGAGAGAGAGAGAGAGAGAGACUAUAAGAUUAUCAAUUUUGUAAAAACAUCUUGCACUCCUUUGCACAAUAUGUAUAGUCUGUCCCAAGUUAUUGCUUCCAUCAAUUUUCGAUGAUUUUUGAAUAAAAAUACACAUACCUGUGAAAGAAAUACAAUUGAAAUCGAUGAAAGGGAAUAUAUCCAAGAUAUCUUCAUUGAACAAUUAUCUUUUUUCACUCAUAGAAUUUCACAGGAACGAAAACAAUUUUCUUCCGGAGAUUUAUAAUUGGAAAUGUUUACAUCUUUUCUCCAUUCGGAAGUAUUCGGGAUACCUCGCGCAAUUUUUUAACGUUAUCAUCCGGGCUGAUGCAAUUCAAAAUCUUCGUAGACUUUCAGUUUUGGGAUGUGUAUUGAAACCUGAAGCGGUAGAUGGGGCGUUUCAAACAGAUAAUCUGGACAUUUUUCAUAAUAGUGGGUGAACGUAGUUUGAACACAAAGGUAUUUACUAUUAUUGAAAUAUCAAGCAAAAAGUGGUGGAAGCAAAAACUCGGGGCAGAGUAUAGUACAUAUACUCAACAACUUGCCGCCAUUUUAGGCUCCUGAUCUCAUGUGGCUAUUGAUUUUCAUUUCGCAAAUUUCAAGUGAUGCUUUUUGUAAGUCCAUAUAUAAACUAUUAUAACUAUGUUUAUUAUGCACUCGUGAUAAUCAAGUUUCGAAUUCUUCCAAUCGAGGUAAAACAGACCUCAUGGUGGAAAUUUCGAGCCUUGUAGACUUUAUGGUAUGUGAAUGCAGACUGGGCCAAACUGAUUUAUGAGGUUCUGACAAGACCAUGGACUCUUGCGAAAGACCAAGAACUUGUUUAAAUUGUUCUAAUUAAACUUUUUUCCAUGUCUGUUUUUCGUGUAGGAUUCACAUUAAAUUUUCGCAUAGACUAGAAAGAAAUUUUAUAACUUGCCAUCCUAAAAAUUAUGAUAAUUAUAUGAUAUACAUGUAUAUAUAGAUCACUUUGAUAUAUAUAUAUUUAGAUCAGAGGUUGUAUUUUUAUUAUGUUCCAUGUAACAUAUUGUUCACUUUGGGCUUUCCAUAUGCUUAAAAAUCCACACUGACACAUGUUGUUUUUUAUUCUUAUCAUUUAUAUUGAUACUUCGACCAUAUUUGUUCCAUACAAAAUAUUGUUAAUUUUUUGGGGUUUCCUUUUAUAUUCACAAGGUUUUUUGUUGUAGUUUUUUUUAAUUCCUACGGUACCAGUUGUAUUACAUUGACCAUAUUUGUUAUAUAGUAAAUUAUGAGACUUUCUUUCAUUACAGAAUUCCUUUAGAUUUUCAUUACAGCAAUUUCAAACGAGUUGCAAUUAAUAUCAAAACUAAACGUCAUGUUGCUUUCAAUAAAAUAGAAAGGCGUUGCAUAAAAAUAUGUACAUUUUAAUGAGAUGAUGUAGAGAAACCGGAUUUAUAGUUCUGGACAUGGUUUGAUAGUUUUCUAUACGCAAUGUUUUAAAUAUAUCGGUUCACAUUGCAUGAAACUUAAUUGUGUUGUGCUUGACGAAGUAAACACAAACUUAGGGUAGCAAGAAACAUUCUUUUAAAACCCUAUUUGUAAAUUAAAUGAGGCGUGAACCCGAAGCUUUAAUUGUAUUUUAGGUGGAUGCGUGCAACAUUACCCACUGAAUUUGAUAUUAGCUUUCUUAAAAUACGAAGUCUUUUUGUUUUAAUGUAGUCCAAUUUCAUGCAGACUCGGCUAGCUGAUUCGGGAAAUAGGAAUAACAAAGGAUCGAAUACCCUUGAGGGUAUAUCCAUGUCUUUAUAUAUUUAUUUAUCUUUUUUGUUUUGGAUUUUGAGUAUUUUGUUACUUUGAUCAACUCAUUGGGUAUUGAUGAAAAUGAUACAUCGAGAUACACACGAAAGCAGUAAACAUGGUUGCCAGAGAACUUGGUCUGACCAAUUUUUCCAAUUUUUUUUUCUUUAGGUAUUUUCAAAAAGAUAAGGCAUGGUCCAAGAAAAAAAAUCUCUACAUAACUUCGAAUGAACAUUAAGCAAUGUGUUUUACAUAUAAAUAAUAAAACAUAAUUUCAUAAAGUUUACUUUAAUAGCCAUCAAAUCCAUAAUUCUAAAACAGGUGAAAAUGAAACGUUUUUAUUUCAAAUUAACAAAAAUGAAAGUUUUGCAUUUGAUAAAACUUACACGAUAGACUGAAUAAUACAUAUAUUUCAUUGGUCAAACCAGUCAAUGACACCGAUUGACUGUCAUUACAUCAUCAUUCGUUGCACUCAAAUUUUCGUGAAAGAAUUUUGUUGUUGAUCAUGAGUCAAUUUACGAAUUUAAAGCAAUAUUGCCUGUAUUUUUGAUACUGUUAUAUUGCUACCUAAUCAUGCUUAUAUGAUAAUUCUGUGUGUACUUAAACCUGUUUGAUAAAUAGGUUGAAAAAAAAGUCUUUGAAUUUUAUCGUGACCAAGAUAUCUGUACAUUGGAAUAUAUGACAAAUAAGUUUUUGUACAGGACGAUAUUAAUAUAAUGUGAUUUUGCUUCAAUGAGCCUCAAAAUUGCUUUCAAAACAAAAAAAUAUGACUUGCAGAAGUUUGUCAACUCUCAUUUUGUUGGUCAUUGAAAUAAGUGGUUACAACUCUAAAAUAAAAAAAAUUAACAUUA